AUGAGGUUGCUAAACAUUUUCACGACUUUGUGUCUCCUACUUUGGAGCGGAGCUGCUACAAAUGAUGGCUUGACCGAUGUUGUAGAAUGGGAUCCAUAUAGUUUGACUAUCAAUGGUGAUAGGGUCUUCAUUUACUCUGCUGAGUUCCACUACCAGCGCAUGCCUGUCCCAGAGCUAUGGCUUGACAUUUUUCAAAAAUUCCGAGCAAAUGGCUUCAAUACAAUUAGCGUAUAUUUCUUCUGGUCUUAUCAUGAGGCCUCCAAAGGAUCAUUCGACUUCGAAACAUCAGGCAAGAAUGUUCAAAGAGUUCUUGAUUAUGCAAAGGAAGCUGGAAUCUAUGUCAUUGCUCGAGCCGGACCAUAUUGCAAUGCUGAAACCUCUGCUGGAGGUCUUGCAUUGUGGGGUUCUGAUGGGAGUAUGGGGACGUUAAGAACAAAUAACGCCGCAUACUAUCAAUCUUGGCAACCAUGGAUCAAGGAGAUUGGAGCGAUUCUGGCAAAAAACCAAGUUACUAACGGAGGACCCGUCAUCCUCAAUCAAGUUGAGAACGAACUUCAAGAAACAGUUCACUCAGCUACUAACACUUUAGUUCUUUAUAUGGAGCAACUUGAAACUGCUUUUCGGGCUGCUGGAAUUACUGUCCCUUUCAGCCAUAAUGAAAAGGGUCAGCGGAGUCAGUCAUGGAGUACCGACUAUGAAAACGUCGGUGGUGCUGUGAAUGUUUACGGACUAGAUUCCUACCCCGGUGGUUUGUCAUGUACGAAUUCUAACUCUGGUUUCUCUGUUGUUCGCAAUUAUUAUCAGUGGUUUUCAAAUUACUCUUACACGCAGCCAUCAUACUUUCCGGAAUUCGAAGGUGGUUACUUUACCCCCUGGGGCGGUAGCUUUUACGAUGAAUGUCAAUCGGAGCUUGAUCCUUCGUUUCCAGAUGUUUACUAUAAGAACAACAUUGGGCAAAGAACAACUCUUAUGAGCUUAUACAUGGCAUGGGGUGGUACGAACUGGGGUCACUCUGCUGCUCCAGUGGUCUAUACAUCGUACGAUUACGCGGCUCCCUUGAGGGAAACUCGUCAGAUUCGAGACAAACUAUCACAGACCAAGCUUAUUGGUCUUUUCACGAGAGUUUCUACCGAUUUGCUCAAGACAGAUAUGAUUGGCAACGGCACUGGGCAUAGCGUAUCUUCAACUGGCAUUUGGUCAUGGGUUUUACGAAAUCCCGAUACUCAAGCCGGAUUUACUGUUGUUCAACAAGCGAGUUCUGGCUCAAGAGCGUCGGUGACUUUUGACGUAUACCUGAAUACCUCUCUGGGUGCUGUGACUGCUUCUGAUGUUAACCUAAACGGUCGCCAAAGCAAAAUUCUCGUUACAGACUAUAAUUUUGGAAAUCACACUCUCCUUUAUGCAUCAUCCGACAUCCUCACAUAUGGUACUUUCGACGUUGAUGUUCUGGUUUUCUACCUCGAACAGGGACAAAUUGGUCAAUUCGCUUUGAAGACAACCUCAAAAUUGACCUAUCAAGUUUAUGGAAAUUCAGUCUUCGCUGCAAAUUCAAGUUCUACUUCGACUUCACAAACGUUCACUUACACCCAAGGAGCUGGGCAAACAGUAGUCCAAUUCUCUGAUGGAGCUUUGGUAUACUUACUUGACCAGCCAUCUGCAUGGAAGUUCUGGGCGCCACCAACUACAUCAAAUCCUCAGGUCAAGCCCAAUGAACAAAUAUUUGUGUUGGGGCCAUACCUCGUACGAAAUGCAUCUAUAUCUUCCGGGGUCGCCCAGAUCUUUGGUGACAAUGACAACGCCACAACUAUUGAAGUUUACGCCGGAAGCUCAUUAACUAGUAUUGUGUGGAAUGGAGUUUCACUUUCAGCAACGAAGACCAAAUAUGGUUCAUACUCGGCAUCGCUUCCAGGUACUGAAAGCAGAGUCAUCUCAUUACCAUCAUUAACAAACUGGGAAUCUGCAAAUUCUCUCCCGGAGAAGGAAACAUCCUAUGACGACUCAAAAUGGACUGUCUGCAACAAGACAACUACACUAAGUCCCAUAGCACCUUUAACUCUUCCCGUACUAUUUUCAAGCGACUACGGCUUUUACACAGGACAAAAGAUCUAUCGUGGGUACUUCGACGGUCUCACUUACACAUCAAUCAAUAUCACCUGCUCUGGAGGUUUGGCUUUUGGUUGGAGCGCUUGGCUAAAUGGUGUACUCAUCGGCGGAAAUACUGGCGUCGCCACUGCCACCACUACCAAUGCGGUCCUUGAUCUCACAAAUUUUACCUCAGUCAUCAAGUCCGAAAACAACCUCGUCACAGUCGUAGUAGACUACCACGGUCACGAUGAAACCUCCACAGCAAAAGGAGUCGAAAAUCCCCGUGGUAUCCUCGGCGCAUUUCUCGUCCCUAAACCUUCCGCAUCUACUGGAUUCAAGCUCUGGAAAAUCCAAGGAAAUGCAGGAGGUUCUGCAAAUAUCGAUCCAGUAAGAGGACCUAUGAACGAGGGUGGAUUUUACGGUGAACGUGUCGGCUGGCAUCUUCCCUCUUCCCCAUCCCUUCCUUCUGACUCCACUCCCCUCAUCGGUCUCAACACCUCAGGAAUAUCUUUCUACACUACAAACUUCACUCUUGCCCUUGAUUCCGACCUUGAUGUUCCUCUCGGAAUUAAGCUUUCGGCUCCAGCUGGUACCAUCGCACGUGUUAUGUUUUGGAUCAACGGUUAUCAAUAUGGUAAAUAUGUACCGCACAUAGGUCCUCAAACUGUCUUUCCUAUACCACCUGGUAUUAUUAAUAAUCAAGGAAGUAAUAAAUUGGCGUUGAGUUUGUGGGCGAUGACGGAUGCAGGAGCGAGGUUGACGGAUGUGGAAUUGGUUAGUUAUGGGGUUUACGAGAGUGGCUUUGGAUUUGAUAGGGAUUGGAGUUAUUUGCAACCUGGUUGGGAUGAGGGGAGGUUGGCUUAUGCUUAG